GGGUAAAAAGUUAUCAUCUAAAGAUGAGUAACGUCGGUAAUUACGCUGAAUUGCCACUAUCAGAUUAGGACAUUAGGUCAUCAGAAGCUGGAAAAUCCCCUCCUCGUCAGACGUCAGCCAUCACCUUAGUCAGCCACCAGUCAUUACUCAUCACUCACCAACCUUAUCCUAAACCGCAUCCUAUGCCCCAGACCCUCAACCGAGACACACCAGUAGUUUGAUUCAGGAACAGUUGGCGACGGACCAAUCGUCUUCCAUUCCUCUCUAUCUUUCCGUGGGCGUUCUCGUCGUCUUAUUUUCAAAAUCUUUCUUUCCACGGCGAAAGCAAAACUAAAAGCGUCGCAGUUGCAGGUGGUUCCACUUCCACUCCUUCCCCUUACGUUUUUUAUCAUUUAAGAACACUUCAUAUUCUGCUCUGGAAUACUAUCCGAUGAAGACAAUGGAAAUUUUACCAAAAAAAAACGAAGACAAUGGAAAGCUGCUGACAUCAUCUAUUUCACUGUAUAUAGAGUACAAAUUCUAGAGAUCGCUACACCAUGGCCAUAUGGGCCCAAACCCUGUUGUUUUAUCUCCAUUUUAAUAUCGUCGUCUUCUCCUUUUCGGAUCAAAUCGUUGCUCGUUCUACGCUUACUUCUUUUCUAUAAAUCUUCUUAACAUUCCAUUAUUGUCCGCAAAAAACCCAUCAAUCUCAGUAUCCAGUACCCGAGAGUUUGAAAGCAGCCAUGGAUCCAUCGCCGACGAGCUUUCCAAUCCUCUCCUAUGUCAUGUCCCGGAUCACCCCUGGCCGCUCGACUCCCUUAUCAGGCAACGGCACCGGUUCCGGCUCUGCGCAUGUUGAUAUCGAGCAACCACCGCCGCUGUUGAUGGAGCAGAUGCCCCGUCUGAAAGACCCAGAGCUCCUGGCUGCUAUGACCAAGGCGGUCACCGACGUUGCCCAGACCCGAUCGGUCCUCCAGUCCCUGGGUGAACGCCCCGACCAUGAGGCCGUCGAUCUCGCCAAGGCCAAGAUCUCCGAAAUCGAUUCCAAUCUCUCCAAGCAGCUUGAGGAGAUUGUCUUGGCGCCUUGCCCUGAGGGUGUGGAUCGGGCGGACUGGAGGGAUCAGCUGGAACAGAAGGAAAACCAAGCCCGAAAGGCAGCCGAGAAGGUGAAGGGCAUCUACAAGGCGGUGGUGCAGUUGGAUGAGAUGCACGAGGCCUACGAGAAGCUCUUGAGUGAUGCGGAGGAUAAGCUUGUCAAUAUAUAUCGCUCUGCCACUUCCGAACCGGAGGAGGAAGCCCCUCAGGGUGAGGAUGAUGUCUCAUCGGCUGUCGACGAAGAGGUGAAUGAGGAUGUUGUUGGCAUCUUGCAAGAGGCGUCAGCAAAGGAAUUCGACAGGAUUGAGCUUAAGGGGCGUCAAUUGAGGUUUCUCCCUGAGGAGUUCGGGAAAAUUCGUGGCUUGGUCUCUCUCAACCUUUCUAGCAAUCAACUUGAGGUCAUUCCCGAUUCAAUAGGUGGACUAGAAAAUCUUGAGGAGCUAAAUCUUUCAAACAAUCUUUUGGUAUCACUGCCAGAUUCCAUUGGAUUGUUGAUUAACCUGAAGAUCCUUGAUGUGUCAACAAAUAAGCUUCCAUCUCUACCUGAUAGCAUCUCCCAUUGCAGAUCAUUGGUGGAGCUGGAUGCGAGCUUCAAUUCUCUGACAUACUUGCCCACAAAAAUUGGUUAUGGACUAGUGAAUCUGCGGAGGCUCUCAGUCCAUCUCAAUAAGCUCCGUUCUCUUCCAAGUUCCAUUUGUGACAUGAAGUCUUUGCGCCAACUUGAUGUCCAUUUCAAUGAGCUCCGAGGUCUGCCACAAGCAAUCGGGAAAUUGACAAGUCUUGAGAUCCUGAAUCUGAGCAAUAAUUUCAGUGACUUGACAGCGCUUCCUGAGACAUUUGGUGAUCUUAUAAAUCUCAAGGAACUAGAUCUCAGCAACAAUCAAAUCCAUGCUCUUCCUGAUACCUUUGGUCGGUUGGACAAGUUAACUAAGCUCAACUUGGCUGGGAACCCACUGGUCAUUCCACCAAUGGAAAUAGUGAAUAAAGGAGUUGAAGCUGUAAAGGAGUUUAUGGCUAAAAGGUGGCUUGACAUCCUAUUAGAGGAAGAACAGAAGAGUGCACAAGAGGCAAACAAGCAAGGACAGACUGGGUGGUUGACUCGGAGCACCGCAUGGUUGAAUAAUUUUGUUACUGGAUAUUUUGUGGCUGGUUCAAGAUCACCAAGAGACCCAUAUCUGGACCAGCAGUUGUGAUUUCAUGAUCCUCUUGACUGAUGUCUCCGUGUAUUUUCCACGGCAUGUACAGGUUCACAAUGAGAUGUCUUGGUUCAUGUAGACAACUUGCUCAUUGCCUAUCUACUGGCACCGCUUGAGCAAGCACUUCUAACAAGUUCUGCUUUUGGUUUCAAGUUUCAAGCAUCUUGGAAAUGUUCAUAAAUUUUUUGCUGGGCAGAAGGUUUUUAAGAGUAUUAAAACUAUUUCUAAAGAAACAGGAAAACAAACUUUUGUUCACUAAUGAAUGUCACUUUUGAUAGUAAGAUCAUAAUUUGUAUCUAGCUGUAAUGGGUUUAUUUGAGUCACUAAAACUUAGAAAAAGGAAAAGAUCGAGUCAUUGUAUAUAAAUAAAAAUUGAUUUGUUUUUUAAUUA